GCUCACCACAUGUAGACAGUUGUAUCAUCGUUAUAUGUUUUUUUAUCAUGUCUGUCGAUGCGUGUGCUGGAUUCUUUUCCUUCUGGGCGUGAAUGUGUGAGUAUUGGUGUAUUUGUGCAGAUUUCGUAAUUUGACGUAUGAUGGAGUGCGCGUGUCUGGAGUCUACCCCUCUGGGCCGCACGCAGACGGUUUUGCUUUGUUGUAGAGCGCUGUGGAUCCUGGUUAUGUGGCAGCAGGGCCGGAUCAUUCUCUGCCACUGGAGCUGUUACGUAACACACACACACACGCAUACACACGCGCGCUCAUGCUGCGCCAGGGAGGGGGUGAGUCUCCCUCCGUCUAUCUGCUGCCCUGCUUUUGGAGAGAGAGAAAGAGGUGCAGCAGAGAUACAGAGAACAAAAAACAACUUUGAUGAAGCACUGUUGAAGGAAUUCACCAAAAUCAGAGCCAGACAUGAUGGUAGAGUUUUUUUUUUUAAUGCACUGACAUAGGAAUUGUGGGCCAAAGCCAAUAUCUGUUUAUUUUUCAUGUACAUAUCUGUCAAUGACACUGUAAAUGUUUGUAAAAUGUACAAUGCAUUGCCAUUUCAGAAAAUCUAACUUGCAGAUGUAACACACUUAAACGUUCAGCUCCUCCAGAGUAUAAUAAAUAUGGCAUCAAAUGUCAGUUUAAGAUAUUGAUCAAAGCUAAACUGUUGUUCAGUGGCAGUAAUUUUUUUAAGCAAUCUGCAGAUAUCAUUAUAUACCAAAAUUAUCGUGCAUCCCAUGUAUCUCAACUAAAGACUUUAAAUGUACUUUAAUUUUUAAAUCAGUGUAGAAGCUGUUGAAACAUAGAAAGAAACAGAGAUUUAGUCCAUCCUCAUGCCAUGAUACUUCCCACUCUUCCUAAGUGGACACACAUAUAGCUUUCAGAAACAAGGCUUGGCUCAGCUGAAUUGAGCAGAAGGCCUAUUGUGUGGGCAGUGGAAUGUUUGUGAAUGGAGUAGGCGUCUUCUUCCCUCUCUUUCUCUCUCUCUCUCUCUCUUAUUCUCUCCUCCCUUCACCCACACUUCUCAUCUCUCAAUACGUGCCUUUUUUUGCGCUCUCUCUUUCUCUACUCCCUCCCCUAAAGCACCUUGACUCUGUCUAUAUGUGCUCUAUAUGCUACUAACUUUAUUACUAUCAAGGCUUCAACAUACUGUUGGUUCUCUAUGUUAGAGCACUUUGACUCAGUCUACUGAUGCAGUUAAAAGCAUUACAGGAUACACUGAUACCUCUGGCGACAUGGCUUUGUACUGUACACAGUGUGAGUGUGUGUUCUGUUGUGUGAGGCUGCACUUGUCGGUCAGCUGAUGGAAGUGAAACUCAACGCUGGUCCUAAGGUGUCUGGUUUCUGGAACUUUUUGAGUUCUCAGGUAGUGUGCAUGCAGCAAGGACAAGUAUGUGCUAGGGCUGACCCAAAUAAUCAGAAUACCAGAGUAUUUGUUAUGUUUGUAUUUGUUGCCUUAUUUAUUAUUCUGAAGUUUUGUCUUUUUCUAACCAGCAAGAAUUGUAGAAAACUCUUGUGAAUUCCUGACUGUGUUCAGAGGUUUAUUUGUCACUGUUUUACAUGAAACAUUUUAUCAUAAAAUCAGCAAAUAUGGUAAAAACUUAAUGACAGAUGUGAUGUUAGGCUAAGAAAAAUCAUAUCAUCCCCAGGUAAUCUUAGCUAAAGGCUGAACACAACCACACACAACCACGAUUUCCCAGUGUCACCCCUUAGUGAAAGUCAUUUAAUGGCAAAGAGCAUUUAAACGAAAAGAAUAAGCCAAAUGCAAAUUAAUUUGUUUGGCUAAUGUUUUGUUUGGUUGUUAAACAACAUUCAUGUGAAAUCACUUGUUUAAGCACCUGGAACUAAAAGAUAGACAAACAGAGAUAGUAAGCCGAUUUAUCCAGUUCCCUUAAUAUGAACAGUCGUAAAUCUGUACGAAUUUAGAAUAAAACCCCAAUCCAUCAAUCCUGAACAAGAUGUGUAUUCAUCUGUAAUUUAUUUCACUCGCAAUGGAAUUUAUCUUGGACUACUAAGUUGGCACUGGAACAUGAGCUUUGGCAAUCCAUUUAAUAAACCAGCUAAACUGACUACAAUCAUUGUUAAACAAAGAUUUUAAAGGAUUUACGUCUUGAACUUGCUUUUGUAUUAUUGCUGCUGUAGUCUUGUGCCAAAGUUUGAACACCCCAAUUCAACUCAUGAUAAAUUUCUAAGUGAAAAUAUGUUAAUCUCUUUAUUUGCUGCGUUUCACAUAUUUGGAAAAAAUAAAAUAUAAAAUGGGCCAUGAAUUUUACACAGGCCACGUUUUAUGUUUUUUCCACAAAAUGUUGGCUUUACCAACUAAGCUAAACAACUAAAAUUGUGCAUUAAAAUAUGCAAAGUGUGUUCUUUGUAGAAGGUGUAUGCUUAUUUUUACUUUCACAAAACAUAUUUUUGACCAGAGUGUGCCCAAAUCUUUGCAUACGACUGGUGAGGUAGCUUUGCGACAACAUUACAGCAGCUUUUUAUAGAAAGUUUUAUAGAAAUGUGGGACGUGUAACAGUGCAUUGUGAUAUCGCAAUGCAAAACUGUGGCAAUGCAUAAUUUUGCAUUGUGACAAUGCAUAUUAUUUGGACAUUCAUGCAGUUAUUAGUUGCAUGAACAUCAAAGUUUGCAAACAGUCAGCACCAACAACAGCUCACUCUAGUGCCCCUCUUGCCUCCCAGCUAUAUUUUAUAUAAGUACUCGUUCAGAAACACCAAAGAAUAUUAAAGCCUGUUAAAUGCUGUUUGGCCCAGGCCAAGAUUGUUGCUGUCCAAAGAAAACAUGUACCUUCAAAUUAGUAAUUUUAGAGGAGAAGUCAAAGAUGUUCUUAACUGUUUAUGUAUGUUGUUGUAAAGAGGUUUUAUUCAAAGUGAUAUUGGAGCAUAUCUGUUGGUCCGUUCAUCAUGAACGUUUUUACACAGUGUUACGUUUAACAACGUGUUUUCAUUGUAGGCCGGAAAAGGCCAGUGUGUUGGUAAAGCACAGUAAUGGUAUCAUUCUCUGGUGAAUAACAGUGAAAUUAGCCUGAUUGCCUGAAAGCCUUAGCUGACCUCCAGCGUGCUAUGUUUCCCCAGCUCAGCCCCAGACGCAGUGCCACAGCUUGCCAUCUAAAGGGAAAGAGGGGAAGAGACAGGGAGACUGUAGGGUUGAAAUGCCCCCCCCUUCUCUCUCUCUCUCUCUCCCUCUCUCUCUCUCUCUCUCUCUCUGUCUGUUGUACUCUUGAGAAAUUGUCUGCUGUGGGGUUACAUCACACAUUACUCUGUUGCUCUGUCUCUAAGCCGAUUAGUGGCCUGCAGAGAGAGAAAAGGAACGAGAGAGUAUGUGUCCAUUGCACUUUCAGUCUGAAUAAACACAGUCAAAGCGAACAGAAAUGGCCACCACGUGCAUCUUGCAUUAUAAGCACUAAAUCAGUAAAAUCCCCAGGCAUUUUGGCCAGGCAGGCCUGGAUUAAGUGAGAAUAACAGGAAAGUAACAUUACAUAGCACAAUAUGAUACAUCUUGUUUUCUGUAGCUUUAUACCAGACCAAGGGUGAGGUCAUUAAAGCGCUGUCUCACUAUGUUUUCACUGCCAAAAUGUAGAAAGCUAGGUCAGUAGAGAAACUAGGCCAAGUAUUCCUUUAUCUGCUAUUUUUUGCUGUUAUCAUGAAAGUUAUCUCCAUAACUGCUUAUCACUACUUUACAACACUUUAGAAUGCAUGUCAUUGCCACGUAGUUGGUAUGACUAGUAUAAAGAUGAUGCAGUAACUCUCACUCUUGGCUAAACAACAUAUUGCCCUCAUCCUGUGUGAGGAAGGUGUCUUGAAAGUAGGUCUCAUCAGCGUUUAUGUUUACAAACUCCUCAGAAACUUUCUGGAACAGCCAAUUCUUUGAAAUGGAAACAUCAAGGGCCCUCUCCAUGGAUAUAGACACAGACUAUGAAAGGCCUAAUGUGGAGACCAUAAAGUGUGUGGUGGUGGGCGAUAACGCGGUAGGUAAGACCCGCCUAAUCUGUGCACGCGCCUGCAACGCCACCCUCACCCAGUACCAGCUGCUCGCCACCCACGUGCCAACCGUUUGGGCCAUCGACCAGUACCGUGUGUGCCAGGAGGUGUUGGAAAGAUCUAGGGAUGUGGUGGAUGAAGUCAGCGUGUCCCUCAGACUGUGGGACACAUUCGGAGAUCAUCACAAAGACAGACGUUUCGCUUAUGGCAGGUCUGAUGUGGUGGUGCUGUGUUUCUCCCUGGCCAACCCGAACUCCCUGCGCCACGUCCGCACCAUGUGGUACCCCGAGAUUAAGCACUUCUGCCCCCGCACCCCCAUCAUCUUGGUGGGCUGCCAGCUGGAUCUGCGCUACGCUGACUUGGACGCUGUGAACCGGGCCCGUCGGCCCCUGGCCAAACCCAUAAAACCCACAGACAUCCUUCCACCAGAGCGAGGCCAUGAGGUGGCUAAAGAACUGGGCGUGCCCUACUACGAGACUAGCAUCGUUGCUCAGUUUGGCGUCAAGGACGUCUUCGACAACGCCAUCCGCGCUGCCCUCAUUUCCCGCCGCCACCUCCAGUUCUGGAAGUCUCAUUUAAAGAAAGUCCAGCGCCCUCUCCUCCAGGCCCCCUUCCUGCCCCCCAGGCCGCCGCGGCCCGUAGUGGGCAUCCCUGAUCCCCCUCCCAUGGACGGAGAAGGCCCCGACUCUCUCUUCUGCCAGCCCCUGUGUGCAGAUGUGCUUUUCCUCCUCCAGGGUGGUGCCACUCGUGUUUUCGCCCAUAAGGUCUAUCUUGCUACUUCCUGCUCCAAGUUCUAUGACCUGUUCACUAUGGACCUCGGAGCUGCUGAGGAGGAUAAGGAUGGAGAGGACACCCUGGAGGGGAGUGAGGAAGAGGAGCAAAGUCGAAGAGGAGCCAAAGAGCAGGCAGGACGCACCAAGAGCCUGGACAUCGAUAAAGAUGGUGAGGGAGGCGCCAGGGGUCCCAAGAGGCCACUCCUGCUGGAACAGGGCUCACUGAGGACUUCCCAAAGCGAUAAUGCCCUGCCGGCCAGGAGCCAGUGCAUCAUGGGUCCCCUGGGAGCCGGUCGUGCCCUUCUGGGAUGGGGCCGGGGGUUCCUCGGUGUGUAUCUGGAAAGAGUGGAUGAUCCAGUAACCAGUCGGCCAAGACUCAUGACGGUCGUUUCCAUGGACGAACUCAUUCAGGAGGCACCUUUCCGGGCCGUGCUGCAGUACCUGUACACAGGUCAUCUGGACGAGGGCCGGAGUGACCUGAUGCAGGUCGCCACCAUCGCCGAACUGUUGGAAGUGUUUGAUCUGCGCAUGAUGGUGGCCAACGUGCUGAAUCGUGAGAGCUUCAUGAACCAGGAAAUCACCAAAGCCUUCCAUGUGCGCCGCGCCAACCGCAUCAAAGAGUGCCUGUGCAAGGGCACUUUCGCUGAUGUGGUGUUCCGACUGGACGAUGGGUACCUGCCUGCCCACAAGCCUCUGCUCAUCUCUAGCUGUGAUUGGAUGGCGGCCAUGUUCCGUGGGUCUUUCAUGGAGAGCUACAUUGAGGAAGUGUCCAUACCCAACACCAGUACUGCUUGCAUGAGAGCCGUGCUGGAAUACCUGUACUGUGGCUUACUGACACCCUGCCCUGAGCUGGAGCCUAUGGACCUCAUAAUAUUAGCCAACCGUCUCUGUCUGCCCCGUCUUGUGGCUCUCACAGAGCAACAUGCUGUUGAAGAACUGUUGCAGUGGGCGGUUAAAGGAGCAGACAUUGAUGGACAGGUGCUGGCUUACCUAGAGAUGGCUCAGUUCCACAAUGCCAAACAGCUCUCAGCCUGGUGCCUGCACCACAUUUGCACCAACUACAACAGUAUCUGUCGCAAGUUCCCCAAAGACAUGAAGACCAUGUCUCCAGAGAACCAGAAGCACUUUGAGAAGCAGCGCUGGCCGCCUGUCUGGUUUCUGAAGGAGGAGGACCGCUACAACCGUUCAAAGAAGGAGCGUGAGCGCGAGGAGGAGAUCCUGCGCAAGCAGCACAUCAAACGGGGCUGGUGUUUCUGGAGACACCCAUCAUCCUCGGCGCCCCACAUCUCCUGAAGGCGCGCCCCUGUCCGACAGCUCCCACCCCAAACCCCUUGCCCCUUCUCGGCCUUGAGGCAUGCAGCCGAGUCUGGGGAGCCCCAUGUCCUGUGUCCAGUGUGUGCAUCCUGGCUGCUGGAAGUUAGUCUGGGGCUGCUUUGCCUCAGAGCUUCUCCUUCCCUCUUUAAGCCAGGCUUUUAAACAGGCCUGGGGCAAGAAAAAAAGCUGUGGCCCCCUCAAGAGCCUGCAGCAUGUCUGUGAAAGGAGAGAAGGAUGAGAGAAAGCGUAGGCUCUUUCUCACUUUUUGUGUUGCGUGAUUCACUGUGCUUAUCCAGCAAGGUUGGAGGCCUCACCACAGCACCCUGUAGGGAAUGUCUUCAUGGCAAUGAUCUGCCUUCAACUCCUAAGACUGUUAUUGUUAUACAAGAACUACUAAAUACACACGUUCUCAACCACAUUCUCACCCAGCACCAGGCCUAGGCGCUGGCGCCCAAGCAUGCAAAGUGCAUGGUACUGUUGCAAUGAGCUUCUUCUGUGAAACCUGUAUCUGGGGAAAACAAAAAAAUGAACAUGUCCAAUGCAUACGAGAGCUGCAAAAUACCUUACGCUUUGAAUGCACCUAACAACUAAAACAGCGGCAGGGAUUUGUUCAUUCUUCAAACCAGAAAGGUAAAUCCUGUGGUUCAUGAUUUUUGCCUCAGUACUGAACCACUUUUGCCUGUAUUCUCACUAAGAUUUUCUGUUUUGGAUCUUCCGUAGCCCCAUUUUUGGCUCUUCUUGCCAACUGUUUUUUGUUUUCCAUUGAGGCACUAUGUGGGGAAACUCCACUCAAGAAUCCCUGUUGCUAGGACUUGUUAAUGAAGUAGGCCAGGGGCAGAAACAGAACACUAAAUAAACAAGUGGUGCAUAGCUCGGGUCAUUCACCCAAGAAGGCUCUGACGAAGCAUCAAAGAGAGACAACUUGGGCUUGUUCAGAUGAUGAAAAUGCCUCACCAAAAUACGCUAAAGCAGAAAAGAAAAAACUUCACGGCAAGUGAGGUUUUAAUUUAGGGCUUUUUGUAACACUGCCACUGGAGUAUUAACAAUCCCAAAUGUCAGUAAAGAUUUAUUUAUGAUUAGAAUGAGUUUUUGACCACUAGCAAGGUUUAUUUUUUCAAUUUACUUGCCUUUACAUCUCCAAGCCACUAGGGGCACUUUUGCUUCCUGAGUUUACCCCUCUGUAGAACACAUUAGUAACUAUACCAAGAGCAGGUAAAUUAAGCUGCAAUCCUUGCCUUUUUCCUGAUCUUUUUCCACUUGAGAAUCCUUUCAAAGAUGUUUUUUCUGGUCUGGUUUUAAUUGCUCUCACUUCUAAUACCUGCCUGAUAACCAAAAACUAAGCUGUGAUGUUUUUCGCCGCCCCCCACCCUUCCCCUUGCUAAGAACAAAGUUGGCUAUUGUCAGUUUUGUCUUCUACCUCUGCAGAUAGACUAAGGAAAAAUGGAUAGAGGGAUGAACAUGGAGUAGCGCAAGAUUCAGUUCAUUUGCUGUUCCAUUUGAUUCACAAAGCUGCAGUGUAAGGCCACACAGCUGGAGCCUCACUUUCCACUUGCAGAGAAAAAUGGUGCUCAGGAUUACUAACCACCGCAGUGACAGUAUUCAUACAACCCAGUUCUUUUCUCUUGAUAGUUGUUUCUCUCUUGCUACUUGUCUUAUAUAUCCUUUCCUUUUUCCCAUGUGACAAUCCUAAAUGAACAAAGUUCCUGACUGUUCAUGAGCUAAGGACAUGUCUCCUUUUUCCAAGAAGCUUUAUGGCUUUCAAUUGAAAGGCUUGUAGCAAAAUGGAAGAUGGGAUCUGUGGUAGUAGCUAAUCUGUUCUGCUGAAGUGGUAUUAUAAUGUAACAUAGCUAACUGUAGAUAUAUCUCUCCACUUGGUUCACCCAUUGGAAAGUGCAUUUUCGCUCAAUGAGUACUUGUCAAACACGUUCUUUUGGUUUCUACCUUCUAUCAAUUAUCUGAGCUAAUCGUCUGAAAGGGGUGUGUUUUUGAAUUGCCUUUCUGAUCAGGAGAACAGGAGAGUGCCUGUGACAGAAUGUGUUUAUUUUCCUCCUCAAAUUUAGUAUAGAACCCUCUUUGUGCUUUUGGAGUUAUUCUUCUGCUUGGGAUGUGUUGAGCGAGGUGCUACAUGCUACAUUCCUAAUGAGACAUGAUUUGGUAGCGUUUCACAAGAAAGUUAUUUCUGGAAAUUUUAGAAGUGAACGUGAACGUAGCAAACUGUUGGGUGAACUUUUUUUUUUGUGGCACCUUCCUCUAUUUCUGGCUUUCUGAUUUUUUCACCCCCUCAAGGCUGCACCCAGGUGUCUGUGGCAGCUAGCUGAAGACAUACGAUGCGGAAAGGCUUUCUCCUCUCUGGGGACAUGUUGGAAUCAUCAACAGCUACUGAAAUAGACGCGUGAGAGAAUCUCACUGGGCCCAGGUGCGAAUGAGGCUGAUCUUUGGAAAGAAGGAACAAAAAAGGAAAGAUCUGCAGCUUGGUGCUAAAACAGUUAGGCUCUGAUUUUGACUAAAGGAUUUUUCUAGAAACAACAGAUGUCUGUGAGGGUGUUCUUCUUCAUCUGAAAACUGCACUGUGUAAAAGUCACCCUACCACCAUUCACUUAUUUCCUUUACAGUCAAAAUGGCUAUUAAGUAACUAUUUAGUUAUAAAUUUUAUAGUAUCAGGAAAAAAGCAGAAAAAAUUGAACAGAAAAACAUACAUAACAACUAAAUAUAACAUCAAUAUUUUGAGUGAUGUGUCCACUCUUUGCCUUUAUUACAGCUUCUUGACAGCUACACAUCCUUUCAGACUCAUAGUGCUGUGUUGUCCUCUCAGAGUGCAGGGAUAUGCAGGAACACCUUCGGAUUUUUUCACAUCUGAAGCAAGAGUGGAGCUUGAUUAUCUGUCUCUCUAAGUUGAUGGUCUACCAUUUUUAGGAAUAUAUUUUAUCAAUAUCUUUUAAUCAUUUUUUGAACUCCAGUUUUUAUCUCCUGAAAAAUGAAUAACUUGUAUUUAAUGGCCAUUAUGACUGGAAAUCGAAGGGUGAAUUACCUAAUAUGUCAGUGCUACAAAUUCUGUUCACUGGGUGGCAGUCAAUUUAUGUAGUGGUACAUUUUAGAUGAAAGUUGUUGGCAUUCUAGAUUUAAUGUUACUAUGCAGACUUUUUCUGCAGAGAAUAAAAUAUUAGCUAACAUUUGCUUAGUUAACUUUCUAUCUGUGCCUCUAAUAGAGUCCAAGAUGAAGCUUUUCAAACUACAAAGUAAAACUGACUAGAUCUCACAGACAAAUCUAUGGUGUUAGCCUCCAGGACGUUGUAGUUUUUGGAGAUGGAAUGCUGUGUUGCCUUGGUGGUUUUGGGCUAGACAGCACUUUAAUAUUUGUUUUCUUCUUGUUUCUUCUUCUUCUUCUUCUUCUUCUUCUUCUUCUUCUUCUUCUUCUAGUAUGCCCUUGCACAUUUUCUCUCUGAUUGGGUCUGCCUUUGAUGUGCAUGGCAAUGACUGUUUUUAAAUUUCAGCUUUUUAAAAAGAAAUGACAUUUUGUAGCAUGGUGUGACUUUUCUUCCGUACAGUGGUGGACUUUUUUAAAAUAAUUUUUUAGCUCCAUGUAGUGCUCAGUGUCCGUGGACUAAGGGUCCAAGGUCUUUGUAUAGUAACCACAUGCUUUAUUGUUAUGCCUUUGCUAACAUUGGAUUUCGGGGACGUGGAUUGUACGGUUAUUGUUAGAUGCGUAAUUUAUGUUGUUUGUUUAGGUAAAGGUGUAAGAUUUAAGAUGCGUUGUUUGGAGACCUGUUCAAUAGCACUAACAGCACUAACAACUGACUGGCCCUUGUUCACAGUAUAAUUACUAAAACAACCUAUGCACUUUGGCCCAAAUUGUGGAAAAGAAGAAGUUAAGACACGAUUUAGAAGUGAUUGCCUUGAAUCUUACAUUGUGGCAUUUGUGAGAGAUGCACGUUUACAAAGGAAAUGUGCAUGAGGAAUGGUCUGCAAAACACGGUUGCAUGCGGUCGUGAGUAAGUUUGUAUUACGAAUCAGGUAUGCACUUUGUCAUUAAAUAAUUAUUCUCCUGUCAUGAGCCUAUGUACAAUACAAAUAUGUCAAAUGAGUGUUACGUUUGGGGCAAAAAACCCUAAGGACCAGUUAUACACUUUGGGGUUUUUUUUCAUGUCCUUGGUUAGUAAUCUCUUUUUUUUCUCCUCCAUUGUCCUCCACAGGUUGCAGUAGUAAUGUUCCGUAGGGCUCAGUAGUUUGUCAGCUAAAAUAGAAAACUCAAGAGCUGUUCUCUCCUGGCAUUACCUGUGCCUUUGAUUUUUAAAAGGAAAAAAAUCUCCUGUUGCCUUUCUCAAGAGGGGCCUCUUACAAAUGCCUUUAGGUUUUGGAUAAUUGUAAAGCAGACACAUACACUUAAAUCAGGCAGCUGACCACUGUAUUCCUCCUUCUACUGUCAGUGCCUGUGGACGUUAUGUAGCAAAGCCUACUGUUCUCUGUCGUAUUUAUGCUGCAUUCUUGUCUUCGCACCUCUUUUAAAUAGAACGGUUCCUGCUCUCUCUUUGUUUUGCUGAGCCAAGUGGAAACCAUGCUUAGGAUGAGAGCUGUGAUCAUGCUGGUUUGACUGUGGGAGAGGUAGAUCUGUGGGACACUCACACACCCACCUGACAGUAUACACUGUCCAAGGAUGCUGUUGCCCUCUGCAGGCCAGCCAUAGCACAAAUCUAGCGGAGUUUUUUCUUUGUGCUGUUACCCAAGCAUCAAAAAAUCUGAUGACUUACAUAGACCUACAAAAACAUUUAGAAACUUAUUCCACUUAUUCCAUGAGGCAUCAUUUGUCAAAAAGUUUGCUUUUGCCAACAUUAUUUCAAGUGUAUAUAACAUCUGUCAUGUGACAUUACAGUCAUAAUGGAGAUAACAUGCCAUAACUUGUUUGAACAAAAAAGUAUUGUUUGUGGCCCUUAGGUGAGUGAGUUUCAUUUCAUCAUUUAUAACAAUAAGGCUGUGUCACAAGGUCAACAUGGGAAAAAUGAACUUUCACUAUACUUCAAGAACUUUACGUGAUACACGAUAUGUUACAAUAUUAUUUUAAUAAGUUGGGAAAGACAAAAUAGUGCUACAUUUUAAAAAUACAUAGCGUUAAAAUCCAAAGAUUUAAAUGAAAGAUUUGUACUCAACAUUUUACAUAUUGUGCAGAACUGAAUCCAAUUAAAUAGGACUAGUUAUGCUCUCUUUGUAAUCAAACAUGCUGUUGAGAUGUAGGCCAAUAUCCAUGAUAUGCAUAUUGUCACAUAUUGUAAUGUAACUUAUGAUAAGGAUAAAUAUUGCAAUAUUGUGUAAUAUUGUAAUGUAACAUCUUUAGCAUUAUGUCACUGUAAUAUACACUAAGCUAUAAAGUCUGUAACCUGCUAUUUCAUUUCAUCCCAAAAGGAAAAAUAACUUAACACCAAAGUUGACAAGAGCAACCUUUAUGACAAAUGAAGCCUACUGGAAUAAACCUUCACCAGUGUUAAAGUAGGUUUAUGUCUGUUGUCAAGACAAGCUUAUGAACAUUACAGUAAAGUGUUAUCAAAAGUCACAUAUACAAUGCAUUAUGCACAAAUUAUUGAAUUUUGGUUUCAAAUUAUGUUAAAGUUACUACUUCAAAUUAUGUUAAAGUUACAGUUACUGCGCAGAAGCUGGAAGUACAGACUGGCUUCCUCUUGUGCUGCCACAUCCUUUGACUUUGCAUAAUGAGUUGCCUGCAGUUUUUUCUCCCCACAGAUUCUAAUAGCCUAAAACUCUUGCUUGAUUUUGAUUUUUCAAGAGGUUUGCUUGUGAUUUUUGCUUUUGAACACAAGAAACUUUUUUUCUAACCCCCCAAAGCUUUCUUCCAGAUUUAGAAAAAAGUAGACGCUUUGUUAAAAACUACUUAAGUCCUGCUUGUGUUUUCUAGCCAGUGAACUCCUGAGACAGAGCCAGCCUUUUCUUACAAGAUCUACCACAAAGAUUAACAAUAUGCAAAAUUAAUACGAAACAUAACUGAAGUACUCUGGUAACCACUCUCACUUUCUGAGGAAUUAGCCUUAUUUCUCAUGCCAAUUACAACACAUCACAAAACUGCAAAUAGCAUUGUCCAUUUUCACAUAUGGUGAGGCCCUCUGUCUCAAGGCCAUCUCGAUGUUAGAGAAUGGUCAGCAACUGCCUAAAAGGCUGUGAUUUGACCCUUCUCCCUUUUUUCUGUUAAUACAUGACUAUUAUAACAUUAUGCACUUUGUGUUAAUCUUGUUAAGCUUUUUAAGCUUGUAUUUGUUUUCGAGAAUUACCAUUAAUGUUCUGAAACAAAAAAAAAAUAGAAAAAAGAGCACACAUGACACAUUAAGGGCUUUUUUUUUAAAAAAAGAAAAACAACAAUCAGAAUGUUUUUGCUGCUGUUGCAAAAAACGUUUUAAUGAAUCCUUUGUAAUACUUUUUGAACCACUGUGAUUUGUACAAAAUGGAACAAAAAAAGUAGUAAAAAAAACUUUGCCGUUUCAGUAUUCUAAUGUUUGACUUGGCUUUUAAUAAAAUUUAAGUGAACUCUUUGACCAA